GAUCUGGAAGAUGGCUCUCAAAUUUGUUUCUUUAAUUCUCUUAUCUAAUAUUUUGCUCUUGACGUGUGACCGUGGCUAUGGAGCAAGGAAGACGAGUACUGAACAGGAAUGGCAACAAUCAAGAAGCCGUGAAGAAGAAAAGAAGCAGCUGAUGGAGGAUCCGAAACUAGGAUACGUCACCAUAAAUGACCUACAUGUUGGGAAAACAAUUACAAUCCAAGUCCCAACCAGAGUCCCCUCUUCUUUACCUCACUUCUUGCCUAGAGAAGAAGCUGAUUCCAUUCCUUUCUCAGUUGAAGAAUUCCCAAAUCUCCUUCAACUCUUCUCAAUCUCUCAACAUUCUCCCCAAGCCAAAGCAAUCAAGAGGGCACUGGAAGAUUGUGAAUCUAAACCCAUUAAAGAAGUGAAGUUUUGUGCCACCUCCUUAGAGUUCAUGGCUUUUUCUGUGCGUGCCAUUUUUGGAUCGCAAGCCCCUUUCAAAGUUGUAAGCACAACCAGCUUCACAAAAUCGAACACCCUUCUCCAGAACUACACUUUUCUGGAAGUUAAAGAGUUGCCAACUUCAAUGACGGUGGCAUGUCAUGAUCUGCCUUACCCUUAUGCAGUUUUUUACUGCCAUGAUCUGGGUGACACCAAGGUUUUCGAGAUUUCACUGGGUGGCGGUGAGCAUGGAGAAAGAGUGACAGCUUUUUUUAUUUGCCACAUGGACACGUCUGGCUUUGCACCCGACCACAUCGCGUUUCGCGUUCUCGGCCUCAAGCCAGGAACAACUCCUGUGUGCCACUACGUCUUUCCAGGAAGUCUUCUUUGGGUUCGAUACUAAUGAGUGGAAGGACAAACUUAUUCUUCGCACUUAUUUAUCGAUCG